ACGAUUGGCGACCGUCGCACCUGUGUGAGACCACAGACACAGAGGAUCACCUCGGGCUCCGGCCUCCACACCGCUGCCGGCUAGCAGUCGGCUUCGUCCCCUUCCUCCCCUUUCUUAAACCUUCCGUACCCACUCGUCGGGGCUUCGCUCGUCUCCAGAGAUUUCGCCUGAAGAGAAGAAACCCACGAGGGAUCCGCAGAUGAAGAUAAUUCCGGUACCUUGCCUGGAGGACAACUAUGCCUACCUAAUCGUGGACGAGAGCACCAAGAAGGCGGCGGCCGUUGACCCGGUGGAGCCGGAGAAGGUUCUCAAGGCUGCCAGCGAGGUCGGCGCCUACGUCGACUGCGUCCUCACCACCCACCACCACUGGGAUCAUGCUGGUGGCAAUGAGAAGAUGAGACUGCAGGUGCCAGGGAUAAAGGUCUAUGGAGGAUCCCUGGACAAUGUGAAAGGCUGCACUGAUCAGGUGGAGAAUGGAACAAAGUUGUCACUUGGGAAUGACAUUGAGAUACUAUGCCUACACACUCCUUGUCACACAAAAGGUCAUAUUAGCUACUAUGCUACUAGUAAAGAGGGGGAAGAUCCAGUGGUCUUCACUGGAGACACUUUGUUCAUUGCUGGUUGUGGGAGGUUUUUUGAGGGUACUGCAGAGCAAAUGUAUCAGUCCCUUAUUGUUACAUUGGGCUCGCUGCCAAAGUCAACUCAGGUUUACUGUGGGCAUGAGUACACUGUGAAGAGCCUAAAAUUCAUGCUGACACUCGAGCCGGAGAAUGAGAAGAUGAAACAGAAACUGGAAUGGGCUGAAAAGCAGCGUGAAGCAAAUCAGCCUACAGUCCCUUCAACUAUAGGAGAUGAGUUUGAGAUCAAUACCUUCAUGCGCGUUGAUCUACCAGAAAUACAGGCCAAGUUCGGUGCCAAGUCUCCGGUUGAAGCGCUGAGAGAGGUCAGGAAGAUCAAGGAUAACUGGAAAGGUGGGAAUGAGAUUUACUGCCGUGCAAUGCUUUGACAGGUAUGGCGUGGGGAUGGAGAAGACUUGUAAUAAGCUCCGUGUUAAUAAAAACAAUAAUCAUGUUUCCCUUGUAACUCGUGGACUGUUUGCCAAGAGUAAUGCAUGAACUAUGUUACACUUUGACC